GAGGCUUUUAGUUCCUAGUUGGAGUUUGACGUGGAAGGUUCCAGUGGAAGGCACUAAUAAGCCUUUAAAUAUGUAUCCAAAUUGGCUCGUUCUGCCCCACUUGGCCCUGGGCUGCCUCUGGCUCUGCCUGCCCCUGGCCGGGGGGCAAAUGUUUGAACAGCAGUUGACAAAUUUGCUUAACUCUAACCGCGUAGGAGGUGCCGCCACGGGCUUGACCAUUCAGCGCCUGCCCUCUCAGAUGGUAGAGCCGGGGCGGCUGCAACAGCAUCUCCAGGAAAUCACGGGCAGCGAGGAUUUGGCGCCAUUGUUGCUGGAGUUACUGGGCCAAAGUGGGCCAGUUUGGCAGGGCCAGCAGCCAGGCUUCAGCCAGGCAGCCACCAAUCAACCGCAGCAAAAGCAACAGCAACCACAGCAGCAACAGCAGCAACACUUUUUUUCGUAUGAAAACUCUCAGGCCGCGGGGCAAACGAGUCAACAACCUCAAAUAUUGCCAGGGUUCAAUGGCGUCAAUGUGCAUCCUGCAUCGCAACAACAGGGGCAACAGCUAUUCAGAGCGCCAAAGCCAAUUCAGGCUGAACAACAACAACAACAACAACUACUAGAACAACAGCAAUACCCCGAAACCGAGCCAAAAAUCGUUAAGGCGCCGCCUGUGGCAGCCGUUGUGGCGCCAGGAUCCGCCUACACUGCCACCUCCUUCCAGAAUCCCAGCCUGCAGCACUUGAGGCCUGCUGGCACUCAGCCGGUCUCAUCCCCAACGCCGGCAACUGCAGCGCCAGCAAGUAGCAGCCAUCCAUCCACUUGCAGUGGCAUGAACAUGCCCUGCCCCAACUAUCAGACGACCCCCCUGUUGAGUGCCACGGCGCUCAAGGCGACAGCUGGUUAAGUUUUUAAUUAAAUCGCUGGCAUAAUUAAUAAAGAUGCGCAUAGACAGUAAA